AGUGGGCUCUGGCUUCAUGAGUUUCUGGAAGGAAUUUAUCCACAUGGACAAAAGAAAGACUAUUUCAAAUCUCUCACAAAAGGACAUUAUGUGAGUUGGUGCAACUGAGCACAUUGUACAUGUAUUGUUUUUGGUUUAAGAAGAAUAAGCCACUUGUUCUUUAUUGUUCACCUGCGUGGCCCAUAUCUUCUUUUUCUGGCAAAGCAGUGCGUGGACUAUACAUUAUGAUUUUUCAUUAGGUCACAUGAUGAACCAUCAGUUCCUCAGAAGUCAAAGCUGCAGAAGUGAAGGGAUGACUCCUUCUGAGGCAAGAUCUCAGCCAAAGGAUGUAUUGGAAUGUGUCCAGAGGAGGGCGAUUAAAAUGAUCAAGGGUCUGGAGAACAAGCCCUAUGAGGAGCGGCUUAAAGAACUGGGCAUGUUUAGCCUGCAGAAGAGAAGGCUGAGGGGAGACAUGAUAGCCAUGUAUAAAUAUGUGAGGGGAAGUCAUAGGGAGGAGGGAGCACGCUUGUUUUCUGCUGCCCUGGAGACUAGGACGUGGAACCUGAACAUUAGGAAGAACUUCCUCACUGUGCGAGCUGUCUGGCAGUGGAACUCUCUGCCCUGGACUGUAGUGGGGGCUCCCUCUUUGGAAGCUUUUAAGCAGAGGCUGGAUGGCCAUCUGUCGGGGUGCUUUGAAUGUGAUUUUCCUGCUUCUUGGCAGGGGGUUGGACUGGAUGGCCCAUGAGGUCUCUUCCAACUCUAUGAUUUUAUGAUUCUAUGGAGCCUGAACUUUUGUCAAUCAUAACCCACUUUCUUGCUGAUUUCAGUAUAGGUUUAACCCCAGACAUUGUCAUCCUUCUUGAAGCACAUGGAACUGAAUGUUUCCUGAGAUGAAGCUCUCAACCUUCCUGCAAAGACCUGACCUGGGAAAACCCUCUUUGAGAAGAGGAAGUCCUCUCCCUCCAUACUCGAAAACUCCUCAAAGUUUUGGUUGCCUUUAUAAUAAAACGAAAUAAAAUCUGGAGUUAUGAGUUUGGGGGCUGGUGGGCAGCUUGGAAGAGGAGUCGGGCAAAUUCAGAGGAAGAAAGAGAGAUGGGAGUGAGAUCUGUGAUGGGAGGUGAAUGAAGGGGUGGGUGGCUGAGUGGGUGGAAAGACUCUGGGAGAAGGAAUGCAGAAUGAGCCCAGUGGGGAGCAGGAGGGGGUCUGGUGGGAGGGAAGUGAAAAGGACGGGGAAGGGGCCGAUUUCGGAGGGGAGGAGCUCCAGGAGCAGCAGCCGCAGCAGCAGCAGCAUCUCUCCCUCGCGUCUGUCUGGCUACAACUCCUCUUCCUGCUGCUGCCGCCGCUGCUUCUGCUUCUUGGAAAAGUUUGGAUGGGACGAUUCUUGGGCGCUUUAGGAGCAGCAGGACUUCCCGCAAGGCAUCAACCGGGAGGCAGGAAAGAAAGGGAGAAAGGCAGGCAGGCAUCGAAGGCAGCGGAUCUCCUUCUGAGCCAAGAUGAGGAGCGCCAGGAAAGGACCCCCGGAGAGACCCAGGACUUGCUAUCCAUUCAGAAUGCUGGCAUGCAGUGAGUAGAGGACUUAAAGCGGUUUUCAAAGGCGUCUUCCAAGGGGUGUGACUUGGACUCCCCCUUGUGGACAUCAAUUGGAAUAAAACAUUCUCAGUUUGGAAAAUGGCUGUGAUCACCACACCACCCACAGGUCUCUUUUUCUAUCAAGAUUACGAAGCAAUGGACCCUGUGAUACUUUCCCAUUAUAAUUACACUGGAAAGCUUAAAAGGGGGAAAGAAAUAGGGCUGACAACCAUUGCACUACUAAUCAUCUGCAGUUUCAUUAUACUGGAGAAUCUGAUGGUGCUGAUAGCCAUCUGGAAGAACCACAAAUUUCAUAACCGCAUGUACUUUUUCAUUGGCAAUCUAGCCCUCUGUGACCUACUGGCUGGGAUUGUUUACAAGGUCAACAUCUUGAUGUCUGGAAAUAAGACCAUGACACUAUCUUUCCGAAUCUGGUUUGUUCGGGAGGGCAGCAUGUUUGUAGCUCUGGGGGCUUCUACCUUCAGCUUAUUAGCUAUUGCAAUUGAGCGACAUUUAACAAUGAUCAAAAUGAGGCCAUAUGAUGCUAAUAAGAAGUACAGGGUCUUCCUGCUUAUUGGAACAUGUUGGCUUAUCUCAAUUUCCCUGGGCGCUCUACCAAUCCUUGGCUGGAACUGUAUUGACAAUUUAGAAGACUGCUCCACCAUUUUGCCCCUCUACUCCAAGCACUAUGUGGCCUUUUGUAUCAUCAUCUUCAUGGCCAUCCUGUUGGCCAUUGUAAUUCUCUAUGCCCGCAUUUACAUUUUGGUGAAGUCCAGUAGCCGUAAUGUCACUAAUCAUAACAACUCUGAGAGGUCUAUGGCCUUGCUUAGGACAGUUGUGAUUGUUGUUGGGGUUUUCAUCGCCUGCUGGUCUCCAUUGUUUAUCCUAUUGCUGAUUGAUGUUGCCUGCAAAGUAAAAGAGUGUCGCAUUUUAUACCAGGAAGAUGGGUUCAUUGCCUUGGCAGUCCUCAAUUCAGCAAUGAACCCCAUCAUCUAUACCCUGGCAAGCAAAGAAAUGCGCCGGGCAUUCUUCCGUCUGGUUUGUGGCUGUCUGGUGAAGGCCACUGCCACAAUGUCUUUGCCAAUUCAGCCCACUCCAGAUCAGAGUCGUAGCAAAUCCAGCAGCAGCAACAACACACAGAAACCAAAGAAAGAUUACCCACAGACUAAAGGCUCUUCAUGUACAGCUGAAAAAAAUGAAUCUUCAUUUCAUAAUGGAAACUUCUGCAAAUGAAAUUCAUGAGUUCUGCAAGCCACGGAUUCUUCUCUGUGGUUUUUUGGACUUAUUGAGCCAAAUGCAAACCCUUUUAGUGGCAUUUCAUGCACUUAAAUUAGGGCAUGGGGCAUUCUCCAGUUUCUGAAUUUCUAGUGCCUAGACCUUGAGUAUUCCUGGCCCAAGAAGUUCUUGGGUUUGCUGUGUGGACUAAGAGGUGAUACUUUAAAUUAGUAAAUUGAUGAAUGGCUUGAAAGCACAUAAACCCACACAUAUUUUUCACAAGCCAUUUGGAACCAGGGUUCUACUAAGGAAACUCAUAAAUGCCACUUCAAGUUCCUACAAUGUCUGUGUAAAUUAUAGUGGCACAUUUUGUCAUGUCUUUUUCUGGAUACUGGUUAACCUCAAAUGUAUAUGCAUGAGAGAAACAAUACAGAAGGAAUGGCAAGUUAUUUUAUAUGGAUGUAUAACAUCCAAUCUGCUCCCAUGUAUAUGAUGCAAAUCUGAGUGAGUUUCCUGUACCCCAUCUGCUUUUUGUCUGCUUAGCCCAUCUGCUGCCUCUCUUCCAUUGCCUUAAAACUCCUUGAUCUUCCUGGUUUCUAUAUGCAAGGCAACUCCAAGGAUCAAUUCAUGACAUCUUUCUGCUCCAAGCUCAUCUUUCACUUCCAUCACAGAAGCUGAACAAUUUGGCAACAUACUAUGGCUCAAGAGCUCUUCUGCAUCAGUCACAAUAUUUGUGAAUAUUCUCUAAUAUCACAGUUGCACAUAUUAUUGUGGCACAGGGAUGAAUGCUCCUGAACAAAUGGUAGACAAUGUUUUGCAUAUUAUGUAUGUGUAUAUGUAUACAUACAAAUUGAAUUGCAGGAAAUGUUACUGUUCACACAGAAAGACAGGUACUAAGCAAAUCAGCAGUCCUUCCUGAAAUUAAUAGGAAGAUUAUUUUUCUGCAUUUUCCUUAAUGUAACUCAUUGUUCAUAUAUUGACACUAUGAAUAUUCUUUUGAGAUUUGUUAUUCUAGCAGAUAAAUUUCAAGUGUCAUCCUCUUUAUCUUUUUAUUUGUACAUUUCUUUUAAUAUGCCAAUUGUGUGGCAAGUGUUUACAUUAUCUGAUGUUAUAACCUUGAUAUGCUGUGUAAGGUAAUCUUCUGUAACAUAACAAGUACUGUGAGCAAGUAUGCUUCAAAUGAAGAAAGAUUUCACAAACAAAGUGUUGGAGAAGAAAAAGCACCAAGCCAGUAUUCUGUUCUGCAAUUAUCAAUGCAAAUUUUCUGUGAGUGUAACUAAACAUGGCUAUUGUGACUAGAAGCCAAUUCUAUUUUAUUCAGCAUUUUUGUAAUUACUAGUACAGGUUGAACAUACCUCCAAAAUCCUAAAUGUUUUGAAAUCCAAAAUUGUCCACAUGGAUGGCUGAGAUAGUGACACUUUUGUUUUCUGGUGGUUCAUUGUACACAAACUUUACUUCAGUGAUACAAUUAUUUAACAAUAUUGUAUAAAAUUGUGUAUAAGGUACAUAUGAAGCAUAAAUUAAUAUGUUUAGAUUUCAGUCCCAUCUCCAAAGUAUCCCAUUACUUGCAUAUAUGCAAAUACAAAUGCUCCAAAAUAAAAUAAAAUAAAAAAUUCAGGUCCUUCGCACUUCAGAUAAGGAAUAUUCAACUUUUAAUUACUCAGUUCAUGAAUCUUUUUUUGUAUUAUUGAAUGUAGUUUAGAGUCCAAUUUGGAAUUUCAUGUCUAUAUCAUGUAUAUACUUAACAAUCAAUAGAUAUAUUUUUGUUUUACUCCUUGAAAGAGAUUUUUAAAAUUUUGGACCAAAUGGAAAAAUAAAUCUGUCUAAGCCAUGGCACUGUUUUCCCCAACAUACCAAAUGUACUUAUGUAUAACAUAAAAAGAUAGAAACCUGGCAUGAAGGAAGUGACAAGAGACAGAGGCGAGAAGCUCCCACCUCAUUGCCUCUCUCCUGCCCAAACUGGAGAAAGAAAGGCAGCCCUCCCUCCUUCUUUUAUUCUUCACCUUUUUCCCAUCUGGAGCAGCAUUUUGUAUAGAUGUAGACCUUUGAAGAUCAGCAAUGCAAUUUAACCCCCACCCCAACUGUAACCCCUCAAACAAACAUAUCCUCUCCUUUUCAGCUCUUCCUAAGUAUGUUUCGUCUAUGGAUUUUUAAAAGAAAGGUUUUGUUUGCGACUUGCUCCAAAGUUUUGCCCUAGAUAUAUCAAAAUCCAUAAUUUUGGCCCUGAAACUUGACCUUGACUUAUACAUAGUCAACUUAUACUGUGCCGUCGCGCCUGGGGCUGUACUCUUAGUGAAAGAGGCAUGGACAUGACAUCUUUCCCCAGGGGAUUGCUUCUUGCCCUCCUUUAGGGAAACUGGAACUCCCAAGGACCAAAACACUGUAGAUAACUCAAAAACUGGGUUUAUUGUUCACAAAGGGGGUAAAAGAAAAUAUACAUUACAGUCUUUGAUUGUUUAAGUCUGUGGAGCCUUCUAGAUCCCUUUUUCUCUGGCUGUGAAUGCCGGAGCAAACUCAGCCUCAGUCCAAUGACCUAUAUCUGAAGACAAGAGUCUUCCUCUAUUGCCAAAGGACUGAUGUGAAGGCGCUUGAGACUCCUCAACGUUGUUCAGGUUGGCCCUGAACAUGAAGUGUGAGUCCCAAGGGUAAGAACCUCCGAAUUGGUGCUGAGAGGUAACUUUUGAAGGGCCUUUAGUGCCAAGUCUCUCUCUCACGUCCAUCCAAUAGAGAGCUUGCUGGUGGAAUGAAAAGAGGAAACACUGUCCUACUCGGGGAAGAGGUGGAGCCAAACAGUUUUGCUGAGUGAGCAAUAUAACAGGUACAAACAACAUUGAUUGACAGAUAUAAAUAACCAAUCCAACUACAUUUACAGGGUAAGGGCAAAAUCAGGCAUGAUACAACAAUUCAGAUCUUGAAACUUAUAGUUUGACAUAUAGAUGGCGCCACUCGCGCCGUCACAUAUACACAAAUAUACAUAUAUAGUAUUUCCCAUAUCACUUGAAUCUUAACUUUUAUUGACAAAUUGGCUGGUGGAUUCUGGGAGCUUGGGAUUCUGGGAGCAAAAAAUAUAUAUUUUCUUUUAUGUUGGAGUACUUGGGAUUUCAUUCUAGAUUCCAAAAUGUUUGUAAGUCACAGUGCAAUUGGCCAGGAGUCAUUGGAAUUGUUCAGCUGAUAGAAUGAUAUCCACCCACAUUACCGCUUUCCCUUUACCUUACUACGUACCUCCUGUAUACCUUUAAAGUCUGCUCAGGAGCAAGUUUUGGGGUGAUUCAGAAUGCAACAUUGGGGAGAGAUUUCUGUUACAAUAGCAUACAUCUGUUAUAGUUAUUUGAGGGAUUCCUUCUUUAGUUGGGAGAUUGUUAAAUGUUUACAAGGUUUUGGGGAAAAGGGGGAGCUACUUUCAAGACGGGCAACUUUAUUGGACAACUAUGCCUAAGCGCACAAUCUUCAGCCAACUUAAAUUAAAAUAAAUGCCAUUGAAAACAAGGGAAAUUCCUAUGGGUUUUCUUGUCCCCCAACUAUUUAAUGUCUAUCAUUUAUAGUUGGUUUGCAUAGUUUUUACCCUGAGUUUAGAAUCUUUUAAAGAGCUAAGUACAUUGACUUCUGGAUCUCUGGAUAAAAUACAAAAGACUGUAGUGAAACUGUGAAAAGAAACCAGGCAGUAUAAAGUGACAUACUGAAUAAAAACUGCUUAAUGCA